AUGGAAAGUAAAUUACACACAGUUACUAAAGAUCGCAAGCCGGAGGAUUUUCUGGCGACAGAUGACCUGUUCGUGGAAUACUUCAACGCCUUUUUGGCGUUACCAACUUUCCCGGUGCCUCUAUACUUCAACAAGGAUACCGGAGGGUUUGAGGUGGCCACUGAUGCCAAGAAGGAAUUGUCAAAGAAGAUAAAGGCAGCCAUUCGAUCUCAGAAAAACACAAAUAAAAUCUACCGUGUCGCAAAAAAACAUAGUUUCAUCGACAUACCUUUAAUCCCUAUUGAGGAGCCAGAGGGGCCGGAGAAUGUUGAAAUUAAUACAAGUUUUACUGUCACCACACUGAACAGAGAGCAGGGAAUACACUGGGUGAAGGAAGUACGUCUGCCCGCCUUUCUAGAGAGUGACCUGUAUCUCGAGUUUCGACUUGGCAAACUAAUAUCACAGUCACAGAUCACGGGGGAGCGUGGCGAGUAUGUCCUCCAGAGGAUUGACUUUAUACCAAGAGCCCAGAAAGUGAAAAAGGAGGAAGAGGAAGAGGUGGUGAUUGACCCUCGGGAACAGAUCAUGAAGGACAUGUAUGUUUGUGUCGGAAAUGCCCUCCCUACUCAGACAGAGGCUUGGUUUGCCAUAGCACAAGGUGCUACUACUACACAAACCACUUACUCCACACAGCCACGUCCAAACAGUGCUGCUGAUAUCGUUAAACGGCCAAAUAGUGCACGUCCAGUCAGUGCCUACAGUGCUAUCGACAGCUACAACUACUCGGAGAGUGGUCUGGGUGUGUCUAUCAGGGGUUCGGUGCAAAGUUCUGGAGGGAGAGGCUACCAGGUGUCACAAAUGUCGGGCAGUGAAGAUGAGGAUGUAUUUUCUAGCAAACUUUUUGCCACAGAUGGAAAACCAAUGACACCUAGACCUUCAGAAAUGAUAUGUUGUAUGGCAGAUGAACCAUCUAAAAAGUCACGACCAUUUAGUGCCACUGUCUACAGUACACCUAAGUAUGAGGCUGACGGCGAUAACGAGUCUGGACUCGGCAUUGAAGAUGACAAGUAUGACCUAGCAUCUGAGGGUUCGGGUCCAAGAGACUUGUUUACAGAAGACGAUGUACAGGACCGAGUUUCAGGUAGUCCCAGUGAAGAUAAUGUCAUCUUUCGUGACAUGGACGAUCUUGGUGCUGCUCUGGUUGGAGCAGUGCUGAAGCGUUCUAUAGCUUACCUCACCAAUAGAGAUGAAACAGAAGUGGCAGAAGAUCCAGAUAUAUUAAAACAUCUACCAAAAACAUCGUGUAGAGACAUGAAACUAGAUAUGAUUGAACGUGUAUCACUCCUGGAAGAUAGUGGUAUUGUUAAGGAAACAGCUGAGGAUAAGGAAGUGAAAGAGGUAACAGAAGGUGAAAAGAACAAGGAUAAAAAAGACGAGGACAGUGAUGCUGAUUCUCUUCUGGACAGUGAGGAUGACUACGAUGAGAGAGAUUUGUUUUUUAGAAGAAAGAAGCAAAAAACAUUUAAGUUGACAGAUCGGAAAGGAAUUGAAGCUUUUAAGUCAUUUCUACAGGGAACAGCCGGGGAGAAAAAUUGGCAUAUGUGGUUAGAUAUAGACCGUAUCCAAUUCUUAACCAAGGGCAAGACUGGACAGGUGUUAGAAGCUGCGGUCAGCAGUUACCUGAACAAGAUGAGAGAACUUUACCACCGACCAGGGGCUGUUUUUGAAUUAACUGUGGAACAAAAGAAAAACCUUGGUCUGUCUGAACCAGCCUCAUGGACACUAGAAAAGCUCCAGCUCAUCCACAACAAAAUAGCUGAACCUCUAGUUUUGUACUGGGCUCCACGUUUUCUCCUGAAGCAGAGCCUAAAGACUGACCCAGCCAAGAAUGAGCUGUAUCAUAAUAUGUCCCUUCUACGCCUAAAUAACGAUGGAGUCCACCCCAACCCUCCUACAACAAAGUUACUACCCCUCCGACCCAAAUCAUGUGUGCCCAAGAUCACAACACCACCACCUCCCACUCCUGUGUCCAGUGUUCCACUGACUUCCCCUCCAGUGGGAUACAAACGUGUGUAUGCAUCAAAUGUUUUGUCAGCUGCAGUGAAAGAGAAGAAAAAAGAACUCAUCACACCCAGACUACCUGCUUCUAAAUCAAGCUCUGCUCAUGUCAGAAGGUCCUCCAAUGGAAGUGCUGGUUCUUCACGCCCACAAUCAGCUGCUCGCCACUCUCGUCUUCCAUCUGCUAGACCUGCUUCGGCACUUCCAUCACAGUCAUCAACAAGACCUGUGUCUGCACGACCUGCUGCCUCUCCAAAACCCCUGGUGGAACGACAGACAUCACGAGCACGCCCUUCCUCCGCAGGCUCUUCACCGAGUUCUCCUCUGGAGCAGGUUGAGCACAAAGAAGUGGAGUCUUUACUACAAACCCUACACCAUGAGAGAACAGCUGGUGGCUUCUUCAGGAAAUAUGUGGAAAAGACACAAAAAAGAAAAUGGGUCAACUGCCUCAACUUCUGGACUGACCUUCAAGACUUCCACCUCAUGUUUUAUGCUGAUUCCAUUGAUCCAGUCACUGUCACCAGAAAAGCUAAGACAAUAUAUUCACAUUAUAUUGUGGUCGGUUCUCCGAGAAAUAUUGGAUGUACUGCUGCAAUAUUCAAAGAGAUAUACCGUUGUCUAGAGCCUGCCUUUGAAGACUUAUUUGACGAAGCUGAGGAGCUAGCUUUAUCAGUACUUCUCGUUCCAUGGGUGCAAAUGAUCAACUCCGACAUGAAGACAUAUGGCAAGGUGGAGCUGAUCGAGGUAAAGAAACACCUGGAGACCAAGUCCAAAUAUGUUCUCACCUUACAGAAGAAAGGACUUAUUAAGGAGAGAGUGAUCACACCUGAUGACCCUAUGGAGGGAUAUGAAGAUCCAGUGUAUGAUGAAAAUCUAAUUAAUAAUAUACCUGAUGAAUUUAAAGAUCAUUCCUUAGAUAAAUUAGUCCAUAAUCGUAUUGAGCUCGAGCACUUCCGCAACUUUUUGAACGAGAACUAUGCCAGUAUGGAUCUCCUGUGCUGGAUGGAGAUAGAACAGUUCCGACGAAUGCCACAAAAUGAUGAAAGGAAGAGGGAUGACAAAGCUAGGGAAUUGAAAAACAGAUUUUUGAACAAAAAAUAUUUCUUUGGUCCAAACAGUCCAGCUGGAAAAGCAGCUCAGGAUAAAAUUAUGGCUGAUGCUGGUGGCUGGGGUAAAUUACUAAAUGAACGUCCUCCAAACUCUGUAUUACUAGAGGCCCAGAAGUAUGUAAGGGAAAGAUUGGAAAAGAAAUGGCUGCCAUUAUUUUUAACCACACCUGCCUUUGCCGAGCGCCAGAAACCCAACGCUGGCAUGGAUGAUGUGGUUGAUGAUGUGAUGGUUCAGAAGAGGAAGAAAAGUCAGGCUGUUCUCAAGUUGUUGGAGAGUAGAUGGAUCUCUUCCUCCAAGGAGAUCAUCACCUUCCGUAGUGCCCUCCUCAAUCCUAUCACUGCCCUUCAGUUCCGUCGUUUCGUCUCCAUCAAAGGGGACACACUAGAGAAUGACGUUUUGUUCUGGCUUGAGGUCCAGCGCUUCAAGGAUGUCAAUCAUACUCACAGCGAUGAAACAUACAUCCUUGGGAAAAUCAACGCCAUCAUCAACUGUUUCAUUGAUUCUCCAAUUCCCCCAAGUCUGCAGAUAGAUAUCACAGGGGACAUGGCAGAGAGAAUUCUGGAACACAAAUAUGAGAGGAACCCUUAUCUGUUUAGGGAGUCACAGUGUGCUGUUUUCCGAACUCUGUUCCAACACUGGAAUGACUUCUGUGAGUUCAGAUCUAACUUAGCCGAUGACAAAGUUCUGCCAACAAUAGAAAGACGAAGAAGACAUGCAAAGUUGAAGGAGAGACAAAGACAGAAAAUGGAGGAAGAAAAAGCACUCAAGGUAGACAACUUAGAAGCCGUGUUGGAGGGUGACGAUAGAGAAGAGGCGGAGAGACGAGCAGCUCUAGGCCUGGCCCCCGGGGAUGAUUUGGAGGCUUAUCAUGACCCGUUUGCCCAUCAUCAGGGAGAGGGCAGUGAAGUGGGAGAGGAAGAAGAGGAGUCGGGCGUCAAGGAUAAAAUCUCCUGGUCUUACUCAAAUUACAUGAACGCCUUACAUAAAGAGGACAUCCUCAACAACACAGACGAGUCAACAUUUAGCUCUCUCAUGUCAGACUCAGCCUCUCAGAAGGGUAGUGACAUAGUGGAGAAAGGCUCGGUGAUGAGCAAACCAUCAGACACCAUCAAUACUACCAACAGUAGUAGAAAGGAGACCAAGUCCGAACAUUCUCAGACUGAUAAAUUAGAAAAGAAGAAAUCUGUUAAAAUCAAUACUGCUGACACAACACAGAGGAAAUGUGAGAGUCCAGCCAAAGGAGAUAUUAAAGGUAAGAAGAAACCAGAUGCAGUAGUAAGACGAGCAAGUGGAGAUGUGAUGAAAAUGGAACCACUCAAAGAGGAAAAUGAAGAUGGUGUAAAGUCACCGACUGAUAAGAAGGUCAAGGCCAAGCCCAUAUUACAGAAAAGAUGA